UUGCUAGCUCCAGUAUGCAUGCAACAAAGACACUGAGCUAACUAAGAUGCUUGUAGCUAAGGUAUGAGGUAUGGGCGAGUCUGACCCAGCUGGCAGCGUGGUUACAGCCACGACGAAGGAGGUCCACAGCAACAGUAGUCCUCAGGGAAAGAAGAAACCUCCCUUGCAAACCAGACCAGGGAGAUUUACUUUUGUUGACUCUAUCAAAGAAGGUUUCCGAAAAAUAAGCAACUACAAGGACAGUGCAAAGAGAAAGGAGACAGUUGUUCAGAGGCAGUCUGUAGUCAUCUCUCCAGAGAAGAGGAGAGCUGGUGGGAUUGUUCUGGGGGCCAAAAGAAAAGGUGGUAGGGGUCCCAGUGGAGAGCUAGAGGUUGGACACUCCAACAAGAGGAAGACCAGCUUUGAGAUGUUCUUAACUACCCUGCCCAAGUGUGAUCCUGUGGCCAGAACAGAAGGAUGGUUGUAUCAGCAACCUGUGGAGUGGACCAAGGAUCCGGUGUUCAAGACCCUCACCUCCCUCCCCCAACGUGGUCGUAUCGUACCCCUCCCACAGCCUCCGAUGACGCGAGUAUCAACUGUUGGCUAUGAGACAUCAAUAUCGUACUGUGAGAGUGAGAGGGGGACUCAUGGGAGGGGCACACCACCCCCUAUAGACAUGGGACAGCCACGCCUCGAUGACCUCUUCAGGCAACUUCAUGUGAAGCAGGAGCAUCAAGCUCGGAAGGAGAUGGGCAGACAGGGAGAGACGCAUUUAUCUAGUAGGAACUUGAGGGACAUCGAAUCAGCGCAAGUAAUAGGUUAUCCUCCUGGUGUCACUUCAGAGCUCCUCCCCUUCCUCUCAUCGACUGGCUACUACAGAGCCGAGCCUCCCUCGAUAUUACACAAGAACUCGUUUUAUUAUAACCAGGCUGUUCGACAAGAUACGUUCCAAGACACACGUUGUUGCGAGUGGGGCAACUGUUCAGUCAGGUUCUCCUCGAGUAAAGAGCUGCUUGAGCAUAUGCAGAACGAACAUAUCUCGGUGUUGCCUUUGUAUCACUCAAAGUACAAGGUUCACAGUUCAAGAGGUCAUCAAUUGAUAUGCCGGUGGAGAGACUGCUUUGAAGUGUUUGAUGCUCGUUACAAAUUGUUUCUUCAUAUUCAGACAUCUCAUUUCAAGCAACAUAAGACAACUACAACACCAAAGAUGGAAAACGAAUACUGUUCUCCACAGGAACACAAGUACGCUACACACCCUCUCAGAAAACCACCCACCACUACCACCACCAAAUGCUACCCCACCCACGAGCGAAGUUCCCUCCAUGUGAUCAGCAUCCCCUUCCCUGACGUGAGCAGCAGACAGACUGUGCAGCACAGCAAGAAGAAACACUACAGAUCAGUACUCCACCCAUUACAGCCAGACAGAACUCAAAACCGUGACAACUAUAAACCUGGAAGAUAGCUAUAAUCAUAGCAAUCCACAUUUGGCUUAAUACAUUGUUUUGAUUGUAACUCUCAUUUCAUUUGAUUAAUGGAUCCAAUUUUUUCGACAAAAUAAUUAUUACAGACA